ACAGUCGCAGUUGGCGCUAGAAUUUCCAUUCCAUUCAUCUUGCCGCUGUUUUAUCCUCAAUAUUCUCUGUAUUUUCACCUGCAUUUUCUACCUUUGCUACCUAAAUCAAUUUGUGAUUGAGUUGAUAUCAUCGUGAGAAGCGACAGAGCGAGGAAUAAAAGUGAAUAAUGGCUUCAGAUGCGGAUAUGCCGACUUUCAAGUGUGUCCUGGUGGGCGAUGGUGGCACCGGGAAGACAACUUUUGUCAAGCGGCACAUGACGGGAGAGUUCGAGAAGAAGUAUGUAGCCACUCUUGGCGUAGAGGUGCAUCCUCUGGUGUUCCACACAAAUCGCGGUGCCAUCAGGUUCAAUGUGUGGGACACAGCUGGCCAGGAAAAGUUUGGUGGACUGCGCGAUGGCUACUAUAUUCAGGGUCAGUGUGCGGUUAUCAUGUUCGAUGUGACAUCCCGCGUCACCUAUAAAAACGUUCCAAAUUGGCAUCGGGACUUGGUGCGCGUCUGCGAGAAUAUUCCCAUCGUGCUCUGUGGGAAUAAAGUCGACAUAAAGGACCGCAAAGUCAAAGCAAAGAGCAUCGUUUUCCACAGGAAGAAGAACCUCCAAUACUACGACAUUUCUGCAAAGUCGAACUACAAUUUCGAGAAGCCCUUCCUGUGGUUGGCCCGUAAAUUGGUUGGUGAUCCAAAUUUGGAGUUUGUGGCGAUGCCAGCCCUUCUGCCGCCUGAAGUUAAGAUGGACAAGGCCUGGCAGAUUCAAAUUGAAAAGGAUCUCCAGGAGGCUCAGGCCACUGCUUUGCCGGAAGAUGAUGAAGAUCUGUAGAGAAGAGUUUAAAAAAAAAGAAAAAGAAACAACAAUACCCAAUCUACAUUUCUCAUAUUACUUUUAUUUUGUCGCAACGUAAUUGAGAAAAGCGAUCUUCAUCCUCUAAAAAAGAAAAAGAUGCCGAUUGAAAGAGAGAGAGAGAGAGACGGGGAGAGGAACAGCAGGAGAAAAAAUGGAAGAAAAACCAUUUAAUAAGAAAAAAAAAAUUAUACACGAGAGGAUUUACUAAGAUCAGCCUAAAUUUGGAUUUUUGUUUUAGAAUUUUACAAAAAAGAAUUCUUAAUAUUUUUUUUGGCCACUUUGUCAGGAUUUGCGGAGUGUGCUGUUUUUUUUUAAUUCUCUUAGUUUGAAUGAUUUAGCUGAAUAUGGCAACUUCUCUUGAUUUUCCAGCUGAAUAGAAGUUUUUCUUGCGGGGGGAUUUAUUGGACUGAUCAGCGAAAUGUUGAACUGAGUGUGUUUAAAUCAAGUUAAAAUUUGUAAUCUUUAUUGGCU